AUGAGCUUUUCCCAUGAUAUCCCCAGCUCACAGACGGCCAUCAUCCAGCAUGAAGGUGGAAACCUUCGUAUCACGCCGGAGUUGCCCAUUCCCAGUCUGGAACCAUUUCACAUCUUAGUGAAAACCGCGGCGGUGGCUCUGAACCCAUGUGAUUUCAAGAUGCCCUUGCGAUUUCCAACUCCCGGUCUAUGGGACGGUUGUGAUUUUGCAGGUACCGUUGUCGCUCUUGGAAGUCAAGCAGCUGCGAAUACUCGGUUCAAGCCUGGAGACAGAGUCUUCGGUGCCGUCCAGGGGUCAAAUCAAUCUGAUGCAACCUCGGGCGCGUACUGCGAGUACCUCAGAAUCGACGAGGAUUUUCCUUUCCAUAUUCCUGAGAGCAUGUCAUUCCAGCAAUCAUUGGGAAUUUCAGGCACUGGAAUAGCCACGCUUGGUGUUGCACUGUUCUGGUCACUCCAGAUACCGGGCAGUCCUGAUGCGCCUGCUGACACCUCCGUUGACGUUUUGAUACAUGGCGGGAGUAGCACCGUGGGUCUUCUAGCCAUUCAGAUGGUGAAAUUAUGUGGUCAUCGGGUCAUAACAACUUGCUCGCCCCGGAAUUUCGACCUGGUACGCGCUUACGGCGCUGAUCUUGUCUUCGACUACAAGUCGGAGACCUGUGCCAAGGAUAUACGAAUGGCCACGAAAAACACCCUUCGUUAUGCUCUGGAUCCCUUUGCCGAGGCGAAAACAGUACGUUUGUGCCAGGAAGCGAUUGGCCGCACGGGUGGAAGAUAUUGCGCAUUGGAACAAUACCAGGAGCAUCUUUGUACUCGAAAGACAAUCAAGAAUGAUCUUGUAAUGGGAGGUGCGAUCUCGGGGAAAGGUGUGCAGUUACCGGAGCCCUACGGUAUUCCAGCUCGAGCGGAGAUUGGGGUUUGGGCCCGAAGUUGGUAUAGACUUGUUGAACAUUUGAUUCAUGAUGGCAAAAUAAGGGGCUGCCCGAUCAAAGUGGUUCCGGGAGGGUUCCAGGGAAUUCUUCAUGGGCUCGAGUUGUUGAAGGGCGGGUCCGUGUCGGGUCAAAAAUUGGUGGUGUCUCUAGAAAUGCCAUGA